AUGAAUUUAAAGAAUUCUUAACAACAUAAAAAGUCUUAGACUAGCUACUUAAAUUAUAUGCUCGACGCUCGUUUAUCUAAAAUAAGAUAAAAAACAACAAUAAAAUUCAAAGAAAAUGAAAGUAAAUUUGAUGAUGAUCGCUUCCAACUAAAAACAGAUAUUAGUGAUUCUCAUAAUUGUUAAAAUUGUUAAUAACAAUUAUUGAUAAUAAAUGAAUUAAAGGCAUAAAUUUUAGAAUGCUAGAAAUAGAUUGAUAUUUUACAUAUAGAGAAGGAUAUAAUACAAAAAAAGGAAGAAUAGACGAUAAAGUUACUGAUUUAGGAAAUUGAAAAAGCAAAGUUAGAUUAAAAGAGAUGUUCUACUGAGUUACAGCAUUCAUUAAUAUAAUUUGCAAAUGAAAACUUUUAUAAAUAGAACUAAACUCUAUCAUUUUAAGAUAGAUCAGAGGAAACUUCAAUUUUGAAUAUUCAACUAAAAUAAAUAAAGGAAUAAAAUGCAAAUUAUGCUGAACUUUUACAUUAAUAAUAUGAAUUCUCAAUAAAUAUAAAUAUUAAAUUCGCAUAAUUAUCAAACUCUUUAAAUACUUUAAUAACGUUGAUUUAAAAAUACACAAGAAUAAUAACUCAUAUAUAAAUGCAAAGUUCACCUUAGUUAGAUUUGUUACUUCCUAACCCACUUGAAGACAAUGUGAAAUAGGAUGAGCAAUAACAAUUACUUUUUAUAGAUUUACAUGACAUGACAACAAAAAUUUAAUAGAUUUAGAUUGGGUCUUUAAUGGAUGUUUAAUAAAAAUUAGAAACCUUGAUUUAAUUGGUAGCUGAUUAUUUAUCUUAAGCAUAAAGAAUAGCAAUAAAUGAUAUGAGUAAAAUAAUUGUGUGA